AUGGAGUCGCCAGAUAGUUCCAUAGUCUCUCGUAAGACUUGUUAUGCAGAAGAAAUGCUUCUCGAGGCUUAUAAUUUGGAGUGGGAAGCAAUUGAGCUACGAAGACAGAGACUAAAAAAAUCUUGGCAGCAGCUUUUAUUGAUGGAGCAAAUGGAAAAUGAGGAGCUGCAGUACAAUAGAUGUUUGCGAAAACUAAAGCGCCAAGAGCAGGAGAGGCGAGCACGUCAGCAGAUAGAGCGUGAACAUGAUGAGGCGCGACGUCGUGAGCGGGAAAAAGAGGUAAUGAUAUGUCUAAAGCGUGAGCAAGAGAAAGCAGAACGGCUCAAGAAUGAAAUGAUGAUCGCAGUUGGCAAAAGCCAGACAGACAUGCCGAGCAGAAAGAAGAAGACUAAGGCUACUGACCCUUCCGAUAUGAAGACUGAAGUGGAGUCAGAGAUGGCCCAGACAACGAAAACAGCACAGAUCAAACGAAUAACUCCUAUCAGUAUGCAGCACAAAGACGAUGACCUGGAUUCAGUCCAAAAACAAAAUAAUCGUAAUGGGAAUGAAAGCCCACCGCCAGAGUUACCAGACAAUGGUCUGCUUGAUUUGCUGUCACUAAACAAGGCUAGUGAUUCGGAAGAGGAUGAUGACUCGCCUUCUAUGGUGAAUUUGAUUCUACCAGUCCAACACGAGUCGCCUAAACGAGCGCAACUAUCGCCGAAGAAGAAAAAGAAAGUGACACCACAGAAGCGAUUGGCACGGCGACCAGGAGAACCAUCAUUAGAUUUUGAUUUUACAAAUGUCGAAGAAAGACAACAGAUGAAGGCGAUUGAAUCUGGAGCCCAAGAUAGCGACGAAGAGAGAGCUGAAGCUGAGAGUGAGCCUGAGCCACAAUCCGCAGUGCCUGUGCCCCCUUCAAAGAAACAUUUAAGACGGCGGAAGGAGUAUAAAGUAAAUGUUUCGGUAGACAAGGUGUCAAAGCCGGCUAACGCACUUGCAUUAACAGCCAAAUCGAAGCUAGUUAAAGCAAACUCUACAAUCGCAGGAGCUGAUAAGAAUGCCGCAGGUAAGAACGUGAAGCGAAUUAUCAGCAGAGAACUGCCAGCGCAGACCACGAAUUUAGCAAAAGGAGAUGGAGAUCUUACAACCCGAUUAUCGAAGAAAGUUAAUGAAAAGGGUGAGACGAUGUCAAUCAAACAACGACUAGCAAAUGCUGAGCUCCUCUCUCGAAUCAGCAAGAUGCAAGAGAUUACUACCCCGAAGGUCUUGGGCAGGAAAUCUAAUAAGAUUCAGAAGCAAGAAGUGCCAAAGACAGCGGCCGAUAAACGGGAAGACUUCCGCAAGGUUGUAAAAAAUCCAGCAGAGCGUAAUAUCAACCAACGCGACCAAAUGGUUGAAGACGGAGAUUUGAACAUCAGCUUGAACAGUAGUGGACUCAUUAGUGAUGCUGACGUUCCAGAAAAUUUGCGUGAUUCAUCUCGAAAGAGAAUGCGGGGUGCAGUGGAAGAUGACAUGACGCCCACUAAAAAGCUGCAAUUUCAAGAGAUUACAAAGCGUUUAGUUAAGUCUCCAAUGCCACGCUAUUUAAGGACUCCAACCCCAUUACUCUCCCCCAUGGCAUCAAGUCAUAUGAAGCCGAAAGCUGCAUCACCUGGACCUCGUCUCGCGAAUGCUCGCGACCCAAUCAAUACACGUCGACUCAAUUCAGCUCCUGUUCAGUCCCGAAAAGCCACGGAUGCUAACAGGUUUGGCAUUCCAGGAGGUGGUGCAAAGACGGCUGCAAAUGGAAAUUCUUUCUCUAUGUUUGAUGCGUUUGUGAAUAGCGGUAGUAAUGGCUUCAUUCCCAAGCUAAAAAUGAAAAAUCGAGACGUAUCACCGUCUGUAUAG